AUGUCAAUGAAAGCAGUGCGUUUCCACGGACAGCAGGAUGUCCGGCUAGAAGACGUACCCCUCCCAACUCUCAACUCAAACUCGGUUCGCAUCGCCCCCAAGUUCUGCGGAAUCUGCGGGACAGACGUCCACGAGUAUCUCGGUGGCAACAAUCUCAUUCCCAAGCCCGGCACCCCGCACGGCAUCACCGGGGAAACAUCGCCCCUCACUCUGGGUCAUGAGUUCAGCGGCAUUGUUGAAGAAGUCGGGAGUGAAGUUACGCGCCUCCGGAAAGGAGAUCGCGUUUGCGUUCAGCCGAUUAUCUACGAUAAUGAGUGCCGCUCAUGCAAGCGCGGGCUAGUCAAUUGCUGUGAUAAGAAUGGGUUUAUCGGGUUGAGUGGUUGGGGAGGCGGUCUCUGUGAAACGACCGUUGUUCCGCAGGAUGCUGUGAAGAAGUUGCCUGAUAAUGUUUCUCUCGAGGUUGGAGCGCUUGUUGAACCGCUGGCUGUUGGAUGGCAUGCUAUCAAGAUAUCGCCAUAUCAAGAAGGUGAUUCCGCGUUUGUUGUUGGCGGUGGACCAAUUGGGCUGGCUGUUGUGCAGGCUUUGAUUGGCAGAGGAUGCAAGAACAUUAUUCUGAGUGAAGUCAGCUCGAAGCGAAGAGAGUUUGCAAAGAAGUUUGGCGCUCAUCAUGUUUUCGACCCCACCAAAGACGACAUCGUGGCUGAAGUCAAGAAAUUGACCGACGGUUUGGGCGCAGACGUCGGUUUCGACGCAGCUGGAUCUCAGCAUGCGAUUGACGCUGCUUUCGAUUGCCUCAAGGCCAGAGCAGUACUCGUCAAUAUCGCCGUUUGGGAAAAGAGGGCUCAAUUGAACAUGAACCAGAUCGUGUUCCGUGAACGAUCAUAUGUUGGAUGCGCCACGUAUGCUCUUGGUGACUUUGAGGAGGUCAUUGAGGCGCUGUCGAAUGGCAAGAUUACGCCUGAAGGGAUGAUUACAAAGGUGAUCAAGAUGGAUAAGGUUGUUGAAGAGGGGUUCCAGACGCUUAUCAAUGAUAAGGAUAAUCAUGUCAAGAUUUUGGUUGAUGUCAGUGCUGGUGUAUAA